AUGGCUUGGAUGAUAUCCAGCGCAUUACAUGACAACGCUUCUCUGAGCUCGCAGGUCGUUCCCAUCAAACUAUUCCUCCACCAUCUAUUGACGCCUCUAUCAGACGUGCACAAGGAUAUGAGCUUGUUGCUCAUUCUUAUUGCAAGCCUCUUAUCGACCGGCCUAACAAAAUUGGUCAAUGUUACUAUCGACGACACUUAUGGAGAUCCCAUAACCGGAAAUCAAAUCGUAUACAGUCCGUCAAGCGCGUGGCAGCAAGGAAAUGGAUGUGGACCUUGUACUGCUAAACCAAGUCCUUCCAGCAAUGCCUGGAUGGGAACGUGGCACGACGCAACAUUCAAUCCCAACGACACCAGCGUGAACAAUGCCAUUGGACAGAUUAUCAACGCAUCGGUGGAAUUCUUUGGUGCCGCUGUAUAUGUCAACUGUAUAUUAACGAGGUCGGCGUCUUCUCCCGACGGAAACACGGAUCUGACGUUCUUUCUUGACGACACUGAGGCUGGCGUGUUCCAAAUGAGUCCGAACGGGGACACGACAUAUCAUUUCAAUUCCACUGUUUUCUCCAUGACUGGGAUUUCAAAUUCUUCACAUACUCUUCGUAUGGAAUCGGGGCUUGCUGGACAAAAGGCAAUGAUUCUACUUGAUUCGAUUAUAUACACAGUGGAUGAUGGAGAACAAGAUACCGGUUCAUCACCUUCGUCAGUUCCGGAUGCUGCCACGCCGAGUAGUGCUGAUCGGUUGAAUAAGGCGCUGGUUGCCGGACUCGUUGUAGUGAUAGUCGCGAUCAUUGGCUUCGUCAUCGGCUUCGUUAUUUAUCUAAAGCGGGAUCGAAAAAAGAGGAAUCAAUGUGUUGGGUUUGACGUCAGCGGGAAAAUUACACCUUUCGAGCAAGGAAUUAGUUCUGCGCAACAUUCGCGGGCCGUAUCUCCUAUUGCAAGCUCGUAUCAGGGAUCCGAAGUUUCAAAUAAAUAUACCUGACACCGCACAUUUUGCGAAGGUGGACUGGUCGACGUCAUGCAUAAUGCAUUAGGGAAUUCCAGGAUCACACAGGUUGCGAACUGGUACAUACAACUUCGCCGAUUACUCUGCUUCGAUGUGCAUACGAUUUCACUCGUCGCUCUCUAUUCCAUCGAGGCAUGCGCUGGAUACAUCUUCACAGUCGGAUAUAUUCAUCUAGUGGAAGAACAUUCCGACUGUGUCAUCAGGAGCUCAUCGACCGCACUACGUAGUGUGCUUGUAUAGAUGCAUCUAUAAGCCCAUGCCUCUAACCCUGUCACAUUUGGCCUCCAGCCAGCAGCCAAGGCUUCG